UCGGCAAUGGCGACAGGAAGGAUACAGUAGCCGAUUAGCUACCGCUACUCCAGUGGCUAGCUAGGUAUUUAAAAUAGAGGAAGGAGGAGAUAAUGAAGGCCUGCUAUCAUCAAGCGCUCUCCCUUUCCCGUCGUUUUUCUGCAAGCAGCCAGCUGAGGAGUCUUUCAAGUCAUCGUUGCUUGGGUAUCUGUAGUACCACUACAAAUACUUUCUCAACCUCUGCAGUUGGCUCAACAACGGUUAACGAACAGUACCGUCGUUGGAAAUCCAGUUCGUCUUCUUUAUCAGCCUUGGAUGAGCAUGAUUUGGACGACUCGUUGAGUCCAGUGGGAGAUCUCUUUUCCUUUCCUGCAAUUGGUGACGACAUAAUCGGCAAGACGGGGAGCAUCCGCCGAUCCUUUGGCCCUCAAUGCAAUGCGGAAGCCAUGAUUACCUGUGGAGGUGAAGCCCUGGCAGCCCAUGCUUCCUUUGAUCCCAACUAUGCUCGGGCCAAGGAUUGGAUUCGAUCGCAUCCCGUCGGACCUGCUGUAUUGAGUCCAGUCUUGAUUUCUGGAUUGGUGGGGACACUGGUCGAGGCCGCCUUUCCCAAAUCCGUUGCUAUCAAUAGUUCGAUGCAGUUCUUGCAGCCCCUGAUUGUUGGGGUCGAAGUCAGAGCCAAAAUUCAAGUUAUCACGGUCGCUACAACAGGAGGAUCCAAUACAUUAGCAACAGCAAAAGAAGAAGAAGAUCCUGAUGACGACCCACAAAAUGAGGUGCGAAAACGAAAGCAUGGUCAUCAAGUCGAUCUCAAAACACAAGUUUUCCGAAUCAAUGAUGAAAUUGUCAUUGCCGAAGGAACACACUCUGUGUGGAUUCCUGAUUAUUUGCACAUGUAGUAAAAUACAGUAUAGAACAAACAAAAGAGGAGGGAGUACGUACCAUAGCACACAGCACGAUAAACAGACCAUGGCAAAAAAUGCAAGCCUUCAAUUAGUCUCGCAAGGUUUCGUUGAACCAAGACAUGUCACCGUGAGGCACAAAUAAUGGGAACAGAGUCACUAGCUAGAAUAACAACAU